CUGAAACACGUGACUCAAUUUCUUCAUUUUUCCCUGAAACGAUAGUGUCUCACUCUUUUUCCCUCUGUUGAUUGUGUGAUCUGUAACCUACAAAUAUGUUUAUGCGCGUUUAAAAUUUACGCAUUUUACGAAUAUUAUCAACAUUGAUAAAGAAAAUGUUGCACCUACGCCAAUAUGGAUUACGGUUAUAUAGCACGUCUGCUGCAACUUCAACCACUAAAGCAGGAAAACUCUUAGAUUCUAUUAUAAGAGUGAAUCAUGCUGGAGAAUUGGCGGCUGAUAGAAUAUAUGCAGGGCAAAUGGCUAUUUUGGGCAAUACUCCAAAAGGUCCGAUGAUUCAGCAUAUGUGGGAUCAAGAGAAAAAACAUCGUGCUAAAUUUGAAGAAUUAAUUCGAAAGUAUCGUGCACGGCCCACUGUAUUUGUACCUGUUUGGAAUAUAGCUGGAUUUGUUCUUGGUGCUGGAACAGCAUUAAUGGGAGAGAAAGCAGCUAUGGCGUGUACCGUAGCUGUCGAAACUGUCAUUGUAGAGCAUUAUAAUGAUCAAUUACGUAACUUAAUGGAAACGGGUGAAGUCAUAGACAAAGAAUUAUUAAAUACGAUUAAAACUUUUCGCGAUGAGGAACAAGAGCAUCACGAUACAGGAUUAGAACAUGGAGCUGAACAAACUCCUUUUUAUGGAAUAAUCACAGAUAUAAUAAAAUUCGGUUGUAAAGCCGCCAUUUCUAUUUCUAAAGUAGUAUAAAUUAUGUUAAUUUCAAUGGUAGUCUGUGUAUAUAUAGAAGCAUUUGUUACUCCUUUAAUGCCACAUGACUUUUAUUAAAUAAACAUUUUUUGUUAAUAGCUAUUAUUAUAAAA